CUUGAUUACCCGUUGCGAAUUCCAGAGCGCGAAGAACUGACGCUGGUUGCUAGAUAGCAAUGCCGGCUACCACCGGCGCGAACGUCGUCUGCGAGUACGACGGCGUCGGCGUAGCCCUUGAGCUCGCCGCCCUCGCCGCCUUCGUUGUCCUCCUGCGCUACGCGGCGGUGCUCUACGCGAACCACCUGCUCACCACCCUUUGCGUCGACGACGACGACAACCUUCCCGCGGCAGCACGGAGAGACGACGGCCGCGGCGGUGUCUCGGGCCUCGACGCCGCCGCCCUCGCGCGGCUGCCCAGCUUCGUGAGCCACGGCACCACCGCCGCUGCGGCGGAGCAGUGCGCGGUGUGCCUGGGCGCCGUCGAGGAAGGCGAGACGGUGCGUGCGCUGCCCUGCUGCACGCACGCGUUCCACGCGCGGUGCGUCGACGCGUGGCUGCGCCUGCGCCCGAUAUGCCCCGUGUGCCGGGCAACGUGCCGCUGAGACACUUCCUAUUGCACCUGCACGCGGCGCAGCGAGCGGGCGCUCACUGUCGGGGCUCAAGUCGUGCGGUCAUUUGAUUCGAUUUGAGCGCCGGUACACGGUGACAUCAGUUGUAUUUUUUAGUAGCUCAUCAAGCUCUUUUAAUUUUACUUUUCGCAGUUUUUUUCAUG